CGGCUUCUCACCCUCACCGCUCCGCUCGUCCUCGCUGCCGUCGUCCUCGCCGUCAUGUCGUUCGCCAAGGCGUUCUCCCCUGCACUCCGCGAGAUCAGGAUACUGUGCUCGCAAACGGGCCCGGCGUCCGCGGGCACUCGCCAGUUCAUCCAGAACAACUACCUGACUAUCAAGCAGCACAACCCAGACUUGCCAGUACUCAUCCGGGAAGCAACGGGUACGCCAGCGCGAGUGUUCGCGCGGUUUGAGAAGGGACAGGAGAAACAUGUUGAGCUAGAGAACGUUCCGGCAAAGGACGUCGAGAGCCAGAUUCUCAAGUUGCUACAAGCAUAAAUCGCUCGUGCAAUGUUAUGAUGACCGGCAUUACAUGAAGUCCUACCUUCGCCUCUCAACCAAUGAUCGGGCAGCACUUAUGCCCGGCGCUUGCAGGCUGCCCUUCCCUACGCACUUGUCCCUCUCCAUUUCAGACAUAUCAUGCUCUGGCGG